AUCAGAUACCGGUCACGUGGCGCCGACCAAUCGUAGCGUGUUCUCGCUCCAACCAAUCACGUUUUGCCUUACAAUCAGUGUGGGACCAGGCACCAAACACGCUAUUCUGGCUAAUUAACCGCUUCAAAAUGGACGAUCAGGACAGUUUAAGACAGGACACAGUGAGGCAACAAGUUCUCCAAAGACUACUUUCCAGAGUGACUUAUGCUCUGGAACACCCGCCUCUGGACAUUGAAUACUUGCAGUUUGUUUGCCGUCAAGAAGUGACUUUGAUUACUGCUUUGUCAGCAAACAUUGGGAUUUCACAGGACUUGGUCAGAGGUUUGAUGGACUUGGAUUCUCUUAUUCAGCAGCACAAGGAAGGCCAGCAGGUGGCAACUGUAGUAGAGAUUGAAAAACCAGAUGGAUGUGGACGUCCAAGAAUCCAUAUAUCGGAAGACAGACUAAUCCAUUUUCUGAAGCUUGGAUUACCACAGGAAACUAUCAGAAAAAUUUUAGGUGUCUCUCGUGCAACUCUCCAUCGACGAAUGAGAGAAUGUAAUUUGUCAGUCACAUCCCUCUACAGUAGCUGCACAGAUGAAGAACUUGAUUCUUUAGUGUCUGAAAUCAAGAGCACUAUGCCAAACAUAGGGUACAGGGUUGUCAGAGGAGCCCUCAUUGCCAAAGGACACCGAGUACAGUGGGACAGAAUUCGUGCAUCUAUGCAUCGUAUUGAUGGUAUCGGCAUUCUCUCACGGAUGUCCCAGCUUGGUUGUGUUGCUCGGCGAACUUACUCUGUACCAUACCCCAAGUAUCUUGUACAUAUAGAUACAAACCAUAAGCUCAUAAGAUACAACAUGGUUAUCUUUGGGGGUGUGGAUGGAUAUUCAAGAAAGUGUUUGUCAGAAUGA